AUGGCAGGUGUAUCCUUUGUGAUAUUUUGUAUUUUUAUAUGGCUACGGCCCAUCUUUGAUGUUCGUCAAAAAGACUCACAAUUUAUGACACUCACCGUGAAUAAAUUUCUAAACGAGAUGGAAAAGGAGAAGGUUAUGAGGGUUACUGAAGAGCACCUAAGAAUUGCAACUGAUAACUAUUCUUACUUGAUGGGUUCAGGAGGUUUUGAAAAAGUCUAUAAGGGAAUUUUUAGUGAUGGAACCAUUGUAGCCGUCAAGGUUCUGCAUGCGAAUUCUAAAGACAGAAUUCAGGAGCAGAUUAUGGCUGAAGUGGGAACAAUAGGAAAAGUUCAUCAUUUCAAUCUGGUUCGACUCUACGGUUUUUGUUUGGAAAAAAACUUCACAGCACUGGUUUAUGAGUACAUGGUGAAUGGUUCUCUUGACAAGUUUUUGUUUAAUCCAGAAAAUGCCAUAGCUUUUGAAAAGCUUUAUGAUAUUGCAAUUGGGACAGCCAAAGGCAUUUCUUACUUGCAUGAAGAGUGUCAACAAAGAAUUAUCCACUACGACAUCAAACCCGGAAAUAUUCUCUUGGAUAGAAACUUCAAUGCUAAAGUUGCAGAUUUUGGCUUAGCCAAACUAUGCAACAGAGAAAAUACUCACAUUACCUUGACUAAGGGUAGAGGCACUCCUGGUUAUGCUGCACCUGAGCUUUGGUUGCCAAAUUUUCCAGUAACUCAAAAGUGUGAUGUUUACAGCUUCGGGAUGCUGUUGUUUGAAAUCCUUGGAAGGAGAAGAAACUUUGAGAUAGACCUUGCUGAAAGCCAGGAGUGGUUUCCAAUGUGGAUUUGGAAAAAAUUUGAGGCCGAAGAAGCAGAAGAAUUGAUGGUAGCAUGUGGGAUAGAUGAUCAAAAUAAAGAAACUGCAGAAAGAAUGGUGAAGGUAGCUCUGUCAUGUGUUCAGUAUAAGCACGAAUCAAGACCUGUAAGGAGUGUUGUGGUGAAAAUGUUAGAAGGUUCAGUUGAAAUUCCGAAACCUCAAAACCCUUUUCCGCACCUUAUUCAUGAGAUUCUUCCACUGCCAGAAUCAUCUGGCAACACUUAUACAAGUACUGUUCAAGGCUCUUCAGGGAUGGUAACAGAAUCCAGCCAUGAACCUUCUUCUCUUGUUGUGACUAAGUUCGAGAUUGAAUCAGCCUCUACCUAAAUCUUAAUUCGAUGACACAAAAGAUCAAUCCGUAGAAGUUGUUGGUCAUGUGGAAAAUUUGUUAGCUUUGACUAAGUCCCGAAUUAUUUUGUUUCUCUUUUUCUUUUUCCAUUCUGUUACCCACACUAGGAAUGCUUUGUGAAUGAUUACAAAGCAUUCAUAUUUUUCUGUAACUCCAAAUAAUUUUACUUUUUUCUUCGUGAGUUAACAUCUUGCAUCAAAGCUAGGUGGGGUAGUAGACUUCAGUCUU